UUUAACGUCGUUUUGUCGCGGUUUUGUUUCUUCCCGUGUUUAGCAAGCUUUUACAUACGGAACGAAGAAUUUUUAUUGUUGUCAGUUGUUAUCGACGUGAUAAACGAUUGUCCGUAAUUGUCGCGUGUUCAAUCUCGAGUUUUCGAAUGAAAAUCUCGCGACGAAAUUUUUCGCGGAUGAGAAAUCUCAACAUCGAGACUGACUGUUUAAUUUGUUCGUGCGUGAUUUCGGUAAUUGUGGUGUUAACUGAAAUAAGUGUCCGCUAAUCGUUUCGAACGAACCCGCACGUUUGCGCGGUUUUGACACGUUCCGACAGAAACUGCGGACAGUACUCAAACACAUCGGCUUCCAUUGUUUGCGAGAGCUGUUUUCGAACGAAUGGACGCGUGAUAUCGCUUGAUGCGUGACGUAUCUUCGACACAUGAUCUUGUCAAGGCGCGACGUUUCGACUGCCAAUUAGCAGGUAUAUAUGUAUAACAAAUAAAUGCAGAAUUAGGGGAAGUAAUAAUGGAUUCCACAGAAAAUAAUCCAGGAUCUUCAGAGAAAAUCGAUGUGACACAAUCAGAAGCGAGCAACUCUGAUACUAGGGAUAACACCGAAAGCUGUACAGAAGUAGAAAAUAAAGAUAGCACAGAAAAAUGUAUUGCAGUAGAAACUCAAGAUAAUACUGAAAGUCGUACUGAAGUAGAGACUGAGAACAAUACCGAAAGCUAUGUCGAAAAAGAAACUAAAAAUGAUUCUGAGAAUUGUGUUGAAAAAGAAAGUAAUGAUAAUACUGUAAGUCUUGCGGAAGUAGAAACUAAUGAUAAUAGCGAAAACUGUGUGGAAGAGGAGAUUAAGGAUAAUAAUAAAAAUUGCAUUGAAGUAGAAACUAAGGAUAACACUGUAAAUUGUACAGAAGAAGAAACUAAGGAUAACACUGUGAGUUGUGUAGAAGAAGAAACUAAAGAUAACACUGAAACAUGUAGUGAAGAAAAAACUGCAGAUAGCACUGAAAUUUAUGUUGAAAAAGAAACUGAAAGAACUGAAGACGAUACCAGAAGCUGUACCAGAGAAGAAAAUAAGAAUGACUCUGAGAAUUGUGUUGAGAAAACUUUGGAAGAAGAGAAAACGUCUGACAAAACAUCACUUGGUAAACAUGAUGUAGAAGUAAAUGAUAAAACAACACCUUCUAAAAUAGAUUCGUCUUCAUUAAACAUAGAAACUGACACUGUGCACAUAGAAGCUACUGUGGAAGAUGUUGAGAAAGAAGUGGAAGUAUCAUUGUCUGAGAAAACAAGCACAAUUAAUGCGCAAAUAAAAGAAAUUAGUGAAAAGUUAUCUAAAGAAGAUACAUCAAUUAAUGCUGACAAGAAAACAGAAGCAAGUGUAACGGAUUUAAAUGAAAAAUGUGACACGAAUCAGUCACAGAAUCUAGAAAAUGUACAUAAGACUGAUUUACAUAAUACGGAACAAAAGUCACAUGAAACUGGAGAUAAUACAGGAGAUAAUACAGAACAGGAUUCGUGCAAAGUUUCAGACGAACACACAGGACAGAAUACAGAUAUUACGGACUAUACGAAAUCCGCUAGUGGCGAAGUUGAAAACGAAGUAGAAAUAUUAGCUAGUGACAAAAAUAAGGAAACCAAUGUUACGGAUGAAUCAAGUAUUAACGUAGACGAUAUGCAAAUGGAGAAUCAGAAAGAGGCUGAUGCCUCAAAAAAAGUGGAAUCGGAAUCGUCAGAUAGUAAUGCAGAAAAUACCGAUAAAGAUAUGGCCGAGAAGAACAUUGAACCUGAAAAGACAGAAUUUGUGCAGUUUUCUCAAGAUAAAAAUGACGAUUCUCAAAUUGAGAACCAGUCUAUGGAUGCGGAAGAUCCAUUCGGUGGUGACAAUCUCACAUCCGAAAACGUGGAGCACAUGGAAGUGACCAAUCUUGCUGAUGAUGAAAUUAAUUUUAAAAAUUUGUACAAUGAUAAUCUGCAGGACGCAGUAAAUGCUAAAAAUAACGAUAGUAAUAAGAAAUCUAGUGACAAUAGUGGUGUCAAAAAAAUUAUGGCCAACAUUGCCGCAACGUCGAGUGAAGUACGAGAUAUCCUUAGAAAUUCGCCAAUGGAAACCGAUCCGUCUGAUAUCAAUGAGUCUGAAACAGGAGCAGAAAAAACGUCAUCCACAAAAUCAUCCAGUGAGCAAGAUGAGCAAACUAGAAAGGACAAUGAAGAACCAGUCACACCAAUGGAAACAGAUGAGUCUGGUAACACCGAUGUGUUGCCCGGACAAGACGAUGAAUUGUGUAUUAUCCCCGAUAAUAUGAAGGUAAUUAUGCCAAAUAAAACGGGUAACGCGACAAGUGGGAAAUCGUCUGCGCUCGACAAAGACUCGGAAGAAGACAAAACAGAAAAAUGUAGCGAAUCUAAUUCCGAGCUUAACAAAGACAAUUCACAAGACGAGCCCGUUACAGAAACCGUGAGCACCAAACAAAGUUCAAUCGCGAUCAUUAAGGAGGCGAUGGCAACGGAAAAAGUGGACAUAGUGACGGAUGUCAUUAAUGUUGAAGAAGAAAUGAAGUCUUUGGAAGUGGAAGAAAUUUCCGCUAACGAGACGUGUAAGCAAUGCGGCGAAGACAGACCGUGCAAGAUUCAGGUGAAGAUCGGCACGGAUACGUAUCGUGUGUGCUCGAAAACGUGCAGAGCAUUGUUCAAGAUGACAGCCAAUAAGAAAGCGGCAGACGUGACGAGUAACGAUCUGAUGAGCACCGAAACCAGCUCUAAACGAGACAAACGAUGCGCAUCUUGCUUACUAAUUAUAGACGCGAAUGACGAUCGAAAUCUUUCUUGGGAGACCAUGGAAUUUUGCAAUGAGGAAUGUUUGGGAAAGUUUCAAAAAAAAUACGGCAGUUAUUGCAAGAACUGUAACGGGACGGUUCAACCUGUAAGUUUGGGCAAAUAUUGCGUGAGAUUUGGAUGCGAUGUCAGACAGUUUUGUUGCUCCACGUGUUUGGAGGAGUUUAAAAAGGGUUUGAAAGUUUGCAGUUAUUGUCAGAAAGACAUAAGUAGUGGAGACGGUUUUCUUGCGCCUGUCGGCGAGAAGGGACAGUUCAAAGACUUUUGCACUCAGGAUUGCAUGGAGAAAUAUUCGAAGUUGAAUUCGUCGGAACCUCCGGCUCCGGAAAAGAAGCCUUGCGGUGUCUGCAAAGAGGAAAAACUUGUACAUUGCGAGGUUCAGAUAUACAACAGCACCCCGGUGGCCAUAUGCAGCGAACCUUGUUUCGCGGCGUUCAAGUUUGUCAAACAAGUCAAGCCUGAACAAUGUUCCACUUGUAAAAAGUUCUUCGAAUUACCGAACAAGCAACACUUCAUCGUGUUCUACGAGAACGAGCCCCACACAUUUUGUAACAAAACGUGUUUGAAUAUAUUUAUCAUAACGAAUAGAAAAAUAGUUCCGUGCAAUUGGUGUAAAGUAAAGAAGUAUAACUUUGAUAUGAUUAAAAAAGAAUUGAAACUCGGACAAACUCUCAUGAUGUGCAGCUUGAAUUGCUUGACGCUGUAUCAGGUUUCCAUGAAUGCGGUGUCAGCAAAACGAAUUAACUGUGAUUGUUGCAAAGAAUACUCGUUAGCGCACUACCAUCUCACAAUGUCGGACGCGACGAUACGCAAUUUCUGUUCGUACAAUUGCGUUAUGAAUUUUCAAGCGCAGUACACCAAGUCUCCCAUAACCAUACCGUCGAGCGACGAUCCCGUGCCUACGGGGAUGCCUAAGAAAACUACAUUGCCGCAGAGAGGUGUCAAUCAGACAUCCGGUGAGAUGCAGAACAAAAAGACCAUGCCUGUUAUCUCGUCGGUGACGAGUCUAGCGGCGAUUGCGAACGGACAAGCGAGUCCGACCGCGCAACAAAAUAAUAUGGCGACGCAGAUGGUUUACAAUCAGCAAAUUAUCACUAGACCAUCUAGUCCGGUGCGUGUUCACAAUAAGACAACGCAGUGCAAGCCUUUGGUGCACACAAAGGGUGUCAAUGUGCGUCCCCAUCCCUGCACGAGGGGCACGCAGACGAACGAAAAGUUCGGACAAACGAUAUUCGUGCCUGUACCGGUGCCGAUUUACGUGCCAUAUCCGAUGCACAUGUACAGUAUGCCUUUUCCCGUCCCGAUGCCUUUCCCAUUACCUAUUCCCGUGCCUAUUUUCAUACCUACUACGAAAAACAGUUAUAAAGGAAUCAUGAAAGAGAUCAAGAGGAUACAGGAGAAGAUACCGUCCGACCCGUAUGAAGCCGAGCUUCUCAUGAUGGCGGAAAUGGUAGCUACCGAGAAGAAGACUAACGACAGCGACUCGGAUUUGGCCGAUGAUAGGGAAGGUGAUCAGAACAAUGAUGAUUCCGGUCCUGAAGCAGACUCCAACGCGUUUGAGGACGAUGUGUUGCAAAUGGCGUUAAAAAUGGCUACGGAGGACUUGGAAGAACCGGCGGUCGAUCUGGAAGCUGCUCUGACGCCAAGUACAAUCACAGCCACGCAAGCACCGGCGCAGCCGGAAAAUAUAGACAAUGAUGUGCAAUCGGAACGAUUGAUAAUUUCUAAUAGAGGAAGAAAACGCGUGGUGCCGUACAAACCGCGCACGACGCCGAAACGGAGACGCGUUUCCGGCACGAAUGAGAUGCCGUUGAUGCCGCCACCGAAACCGCAGUUACCGCCUCAACCGCGUAUCAUAGAACCGAUUGAGAAGCCUGACGCUAAUAUGACACUAAAAUACACAUUCGGUGUAAAUGCAUGGAGACAAUGGGUAAUUGGAAAGAAUGCCGAGCUGGAAAAGCAAAUGACAGUAGGAAAGAAGACAAAAUUGUUCAAAACGGAUCUGUUGCAACUUACCGCGGACGAGUUGAAUUAUUCUCUAUGUCUCUUUUUGAAGGAAGUGAGGAAGCCGAACGGGACGGAAUACGCGCCCGACACGAUAUACUAUCUUUGUCUAGGAAUACAACAAUACCUGUUUGAAAACAACAGAAUCGACAAUAUAUUCACGGAUUCGUAUUACGAGAGAUUCACAGACUGUCUGAACGAAAUAGCCAAAAAGUUUUCCGUGAUAUACAACGACGCACAAUAUAUCGUGACGAGAGUGGAGGAGGAACAUUUGUGGGAAUGCAAACAGUUAGGCGCUCAUUCUCCGCACGUUCUGUUGAGCACGCUCAUGUACUUCAACACAAAACAUUUCAAUCUUGUGACAGUGGAGGAACAUAUGCAACUUUCGUUUUCCCAUAUCAUGAAACAUUGGAAACGCAAUCCGGCAGCUCAACCCACAACAGUCACAGGAAAAGGUCCCGGCACAAGGAAUGUUCUUUUGAGAUUUUAUCCGCCGCAAUCAGCCCUUGAAGCCAACUCAAGAAAAAAGAAGGUGUACGAGCAACAAGAAAACGAAGAAAAUCCCUUGAGAUGUCCGGUAAAGUUGUACGAAUUCUAUUUAUCAAAAUGUCCCGAAAGCGUUAAGACGCGAAAUGAUGUCUUCUACCUAUUGCCUGAACGCAGUUGUGUACCAGAUAGUCCAGUGUGGUAUUCAACGUCGCCUCUUGCAAAGGAACAUCUCAUCAAAACGUUGUAUCGCAUUAAAAUGGUUAAAGAAAUUAAUGUAGCGUUAUUAACGAGUUAAUUCUAUCGAUUAUAUCGAUCUCGUAUUUUCAAACAACGACGGCGAAAAUAACAAGGUAUCUACUCUCUCUCUUUUUUUUUAAUCUCAGAAAAACCUGAAAUUUUAAUUUAGAAACAAUAAACUUGUACAUAAUUGUUAUUAAAAUUAGACAAGUUCUCUGUAAGAAUUGUCCUUUUGUGGAUUUUGCGUUAUUGUUAGAAUAGCCGAGUAAUUCAUGCCCAAUUUUUUCACCUCUGAUAAGUUUUCGAUAAUUUUAUCUAAAAGAUAAAAUACCUUUUUUUGCAUAUUUUUAUCCAGAGGAUAGCUAUUGAUGAAGAAGUAUGAAGAACUCGGGCCUUACUGAUUGGAUAAAUGAUAGUUAAUCGUUGUUAUAAAAUUAGCUUACACGUUGUUUGAUAUUUUCUCGUAAUAUCUCCUCUUUCAGUAUUUAAAACUCAUUAAAAAAUAGUUUCGAAUUCUCUCUGUUACAAUUAAAUAGUAAGAAAAAAUGUAACGCAAUAAAAGAAUUUCAUUAUAUAACAGAAUAAUCUUCUAGUUUAUAAUAUCUUAAUUUGUCCCCAAUUUUAAUAAAAAAAUGCAUGAUUCGGAAAGUUAACAGAGUAUCUUCUUCAAAGAUUGAGUAGACACCUUGAGUAGAGACAGCGAAAAAAAUAGACAUUUUUUUAAACACUUGACAUGUCGGCCGGAAAUUUGAAUCUAAUUCUGUUUGUUAAACUGACUGAUACGGAUUAUAUAGAUAUAUAUACAUAUACAGAUAUAUGUAUAUAUAUAUAUAUACAUACACACACGUUUUAUACUGCUUAAAUCUGACAUUAUUGUGUGAAGAAAGUUGUAUCCGCGAGAGAUUUUAUUAAGUUUACUGAAACAUAUAGAUGCAUGGAUGGCGAUUCAUGUUUUUACGAAUGUAAGUAUGUGCGUGAAUUAUUUAAAAACAAACACGUGGACAUCAAUUAUUACAGUGCGAUAAUCAAACAUGAGAUACUUGCCAGUGGAAUGUAAACAAAAUCGUAGAAUUAGAAUUUUCGAGUUUCUAUUGUAUAUUUUUCACUUCCCAAUAAAAUGAAAAUUUUAUUGAUCAUAAAAAAUUUACGAAGUUCGAUUAUCUUAUUGUACACUUGACACGUAAUGAGACUUACUUUGGACUUACAAAGCCCGAGGAAGUCGUCGGCAAUGUUUUUACGCUACGCGACGAUGAUUUUUUUUUAAGCAAGCCGGACUUGCUUCCAUAACAAAAUUAAAUUAAAUUAGUGUAUUAAGGGAAACAUCUUUGUAGUAUAGAUACGUGUAACAUAUCGGUUUCUUAGAGUAUAAGUACAUAAGGU